AUGAAACAGUCUAAUGUAAGAAAGAUUAGUGAGACUGUAGAGACUAUUGAAAGUCAGUUUUAUCAUUGGAGUUACAAAACUCCUACACAAUUUGUAGAUGAAAGAGAUUCAAUUUACUCGAAACCUCAGUCAUUUCAUGAAUGCAAUGCAGAUCCAGAUGAAUUACAUUCAAUUUGUUUCAUUGUGCUUUAUAAAAAAGGAAUUUGUUCUGUAUAA